AAGAAAAUGUUUUUGUUUUAUUUUCGUUGGCGUUGUUUAGCGUAACCGAGCGCACUGGGAAAAGCCCGACGGGUGAGGUGAACGCACAAAAACUAUGCUUUAAAAGUUCGCCGACCGUUUUGCGGAGCAUCGAAGUCAACAUGAAUUUUUUUAUUCCGAAUGAGGUGAAACGGGAAGGGCUGUAUCUGCAGCACCAGCUUGGGCCGCCGCUCACUCAUAUGGGCCAGCAGCAUACUCAUAUGCCGCAACAGGCCCAACAUCAGCUGCUGAACUUUCCGCAUCCGGGCAUGAUUGUGAAUCUGAAGAAGGAACAGUUCGAUUCCUACGAAAAGCUGCCCGAUGGCCAAUCGCCGCACAACCAGCAGCACGUUCUGCAGCUUCAGCAACAAGCGCAGAUGGUGGGACUGCAACAGCACCUUUCGGCUCAAAUGCAAUCCCAGUUGGUGGCCCACCAGCAGCAACAACAGCAACAGCACACACAGCAACAACAACAGCAGCAGCAGCAGCAACAGCAACAGCAACAGCAACAGCAACAGCAGUCAGCUUCCCAGCAGCAGCAGCAAACGCCACAGCAGCAACCACAACAGCAACCACCUCAGACGCAGUCGUCAGCGGGUGCGGCACCGACGACGGCCGCCAGCACCAACACGACGACACCCACCACCACCGGCACCGGGACGGGCAAGAAGAAAAAGAAAGGCAAAGCGAACCGGAACAUCGUCAUCCCGCAGCUGCCGGAAGGCUUCAUCAUCAAGGUGAAGGAGGAGUACACGGAGAACUACGUGCGCACCGUGACGAAAAUCCCCGAAGUAUGGUGGAACCAGGAACAGUUCAUCCGGACGGUGAAAUCUCCCGGCAAAAAGGAGCGCAAGUACCACGACUACAACGCGGUCAGCGAGCACCAGUGCGACGUGUGCGGGAAGUACUUCAAGGACAAGUACAAGCUGAACUACCACGUGCGCAUCCACGUGCCGGAACUGUCGCACCGGUGCGACGUGUGCGGCAAAGUGUUUGCCCACCAGUCGACGUUGCACAAUCACAAGCGCAUCCACACCGGUGAGCGCGCGUUCAAGUGUUUGACCUGCGGCAAGGCGUUCGUGCAGUCGUCGGCCCUGUCGAACCACACCAAGAUCCACACCGGCGAGCGACCGCACGAGUGCCUGAUCUGCGGCAUCAGCUUCAUCCAGAAGAUCAACCUCAUCUACCACAUCCGCAUCCACAAUGGCGAGCGGCCGUACCGGUGCAACAUCUGCCAGAAGUCCUUCAUCCAGCAGAGCCACAUAAAGAACCACAUGAAGGUGCACAAAAAGGACAAUCCGCUCGAUUGCUCGAUGUGUGGCAAGAACUACAGCGAUCUCAACGAGCUGACCGAGCACUACGCGACGCACCACACGGCCGAGCUGACCUACCGGUGCCCGGCGUGCGGCAAAUCCUUCGCCCAGGCCAACCAUCUGAAGAUUCACAAGAAAAACUUUUGCAACAGCAAAUCAAACUAAUCCCCCCCCGGUGGCGGGUGGCCGAUAGGGUCGAUUUGCUUCCGUUUACGAAACGAGUACACUUCCUUCGGUCACCGCUCCUCGUGCCCUAUCCCGUUCCGGUUUCGCAUUUUGUUUUCCGUUUCUCCCUCGGGGUACGCACGUUGCGUGCCGAUCGUGUGUGUGUGUUAGUCGACAGGGCGGGCUUGGAAGCAAUUAUUUUAAAAAACUCGUUAACAAUCGUAGCAUCAAACCAUUGCGCCAACCAGAGGAUACCGGUGGUUUUAAUCACUCCGAUUCAACUCGUAGAUUUCUGCCAAGCUCUUACUAAACAGACCGGGUGUCGCGUCGAGAUCGAACGAGACCGAGAGGUUUCGCCCGGAACGCAGUGAGCGCGACGGGAAAACGGCGAUCGCAAGAAACACGUGGAAUGUUGUUGAUUCCCUAAUCGUCAGUGCUUAGCCCCGUACGUACGAUGUGUCGUUUAUGUUUUAGUUAUUUAGCACAAAGUUCAAAGUAUCGUUACAGCAACAAAUGGCAGGAUCAGAAAGAGAAACCAAUAGAACAAUGAUGAUGUUAUCAAACGCGCGCCUGCGAGCGCGAUCGGUUCCCCUCACAACGGGAACUUCUUAUAACCGAAAAAUAGUACACACUUCUCGCUACUUCUCUUCUCUAGCGCUCGGCGGCUCUCGGCGGCGCUCCCGGUGGCCACACGGAGGGAGCGCCAAUGAAUGGUGGUAGCUUUAGAACCAGUCGAAGCCAGACAGGCCGGGCUCGAAGAUCAUCGCCUCGAAGGCGCGGCCACCGUGUGCGUGUUCGAGCGGCACGACAGAGAAGGGCCAUUAAAAAAACUAUUGGU